AUGUCUGCUCCAACUGGUGAUAUUGGUCUUAUCGGUUUGGCCGUUAUGGGUCAAAAUUUAAUCUUGAAUGCUGCUGAUCAUGGCUUCACUGUCGUUGCCUACAACAGAACUGUUUCAAAAGUUGAUCAUUUCUUGGAUAAUGAAGCAAAGGGUAAAUCCAUCAUUGGUGCCCACUCCAUCCAAGAAUUGGUUGAUAACUUGAAAAGACCUCGUCGUAUUAUCCUUUUAGUUAAAGCUGGUCAAGCCGUUGACGCCUUUAUUGAACAAUUGUUGCCAUAUUUGGAAAAAGAUGAUAUCAUCAUCGAUGGUGGUAAUUCCCAUUUCCCAGACUCAAACAGACGUUAUGAAGAAUUGAAACAAAAAGGUAUCCAUUUCGUUGGUUCUGGUGUCUCUGGUGGUGAAGAAGGUGCUAGAUAUGGUCCUUCUUUAAUGCCAGGUGGUGCCGAAGAAGCUUGGCCUCAUAUCAAAGAUAUCUUCCAAUCAAUCGCUGCCAAAUCCGAUGGUGAGCCUUGUUGUGACUGGGUUGGUCCAGCUGGUUCUGGUCAUUAUGUUAAAAUGGUUCAUAAUGGUAUCGAAUAUGGUGAUAUGCAAUUGAUUUCCGAAGCUUAUGAUAUCAUGAAGAGAGUUGGUGGGUUCACAAAUAAAGAAAUUGGUGACGUCUUGGCUACUUGGAAUAAAGGUGUUUUGGAUUCCUUUUUAAUUGAAAUUACAAGAGAUAUCAUGUAUUUUAAUGAUGAUGAUGGAACCCCAUUAUUGGAAAAAAUCUUGGAUUCUGCUGGUCAAAAAGGUACUGGUAAAUGGACUGCUAUUAAUGCCUUGGAUUUAGGUAUGCCUGUCACUUUGAUUGGUGAAGCCGUUUUCGCUAGAUGUUUAUCUUCAAUCAAAUCUGAACGUGUUGCUGCUUCCAAGAUUUUACCAGGUCCUCAAAUUCCAAAAGAUGCUGUUAAAAACCGUCAAGAAUUCAUUGAUGAUUUAGAACAAGCUUUAUAUGCUUCAAAAAUCAUUUCUUAUGCUCAAGGUUUCAUGUUGAUUAGAGAAGCUGCUAAAGAAUAUGGUUGGAAAUUAAACAACCCAGCUAUCGCCUUGAUGUGGAGAGGUGGUUGUAUUAUCAGAUCUGUCUUUUUAGCUGAAAUCACUUCUGCCUACAGAGAAAACCCAGAUUUAGAAAACUUGUUGUUUAACAAAUUUUUCUCUGAUGCUAUUACUAAAGCUCAAUCAGGUUGGAGAAAAACUAUUGGUUUAACUACUCAAUACGGUAUCCCAACCCCAGCCUUCUCUACUGCUUUGGCUUUCUAUGAUGGUUACAGAUCUGCUAAAUUACCAGCUAACUUGUUACAAGCUCAAAGAGAUUACUUUGGUGCUCAUACUUUUAGAAUCUUGCCAGAAUUUGCUAAUGAUAAAUAUAAAGUUGAUCAAGCUAUUCAUAUCAACUGGACCGGUAGAGGUGGUGAAGUUUCAGCUUCAACUUAUGAUGCUUAG